AUGAAGGAAGUGGUGGUUGAUAUCGCACCAAAGCGAAUCAAGGGCCUGGAGUUCAGUGCCCUUUCGGCCAGCGACAUCGUGGCCCAGUCCAAAGUGGAGAUCUCGACAAGAGAUCUAUUUGACCUCGAAAACGGGCGUAAGCCAAAGAGCGGUGGCGCCCUCGACACCAGGAUGGGUGUAUCUUCAUCGCAGGCUGAAUGUUCUACGUGUCACGGCAACUUGGCGUCUUGUCACGGUCAUUUUGGGCACAUCAAACUUUCGCUGCCUGUCUUUCACGUCGGUUAUUUCAAAGCCACCAUCCAAGUUCUACAAUCUAUCUGCAAAACUUGUGCAGCUCUACUUUUGAGCGAAGAGGAUAAACACCAGUUCUUGUCAGAACUUCGCCGUCCUGGUAUUGACAACCUCAGGAGAAUGGGGAUACUGAAGAAAGUUGUCGACCAAUGUAAGAAGCAAAGAAGGUGUCUGCGCUGCGGUUCGCUCAACGGUGUAGUUAAGAAAGCGGCUGCAGGUUCGGGCUCUGCUUCGCUCAAGAUCUUACAUGACACUUUCAGAUGGGUCGGUAAAAAAUCGGCUCCCGAGAAGGACAAGUGGGUCGGUGAUUGGAAGACUGUGCUUGCUCAUAAUCCUGAGCUGGAGAGAUACGUGAAAAAGUGCAUGGACGACUUGAAUCCCUUGAAAACUCUCAACCUUUUCAAACAGGUUGCGCCAGAAGAUUGUGAACUCUUAGGAAUCGACAGUACUGUGAAAUCCGGGAGGCCAGAGACUUACAUUUGGAGAUACCUGCCUGCUCCGCCGGUGUGUAUCCGUCCCUCGGUCAUGAUGCAGGACUCACCUGCCUCUAACGAAGAUGACUUAACUGUCAAGCUCACGGAAAUUGUUUGGACAUCUUCUCUGAUAAAAGCAGGUUUGGAGAAAGGUAUUUCUAUCAAUAACAUGAUGGAACAGUGGGACUACUUACAGUUGGCAGUUGCCAUGUAUAUCAAUUCAGAUUCCGUCAACCCUGCGAUGAUGCCAGGUGGUUCCACUGGUGGCAAGACAAAACCUAUAAGAGGUUUUUGUCAAAGACUAAAAGGUAAGCAAGGUCGUUUCAGAGGUAAUCUUUCCGGUAAGCGUGUCGAUUUUUCAGGGAGGACGGUUGUCUCCCCAGAUCCAAAUUUGUCAAUUGAUGAAGUCGCGGUUCCUGAUCGUGUCGCAAAGGUUCUCACGUACCCAGAAAUGGUUACUCGAUACAACAAGCAAAAACUUCAGCAACUAGUUAUAAACGGGCCAAACGAACACCCAGGUGCUAACUACUUGCUAAAGAAGGAUGAAGAGGCAAGAAGGAACUUGCGUUAUGGUGACCGCAUGAAGCUGGCAAGGAACCUGCAAUACGGUGAUGUUGUUGAGAGACACCUGGAAGAUGGGGAUGUUGUUCUUUUCAACAGACAGCCUUCUUUACACAGAUUGUCGAUUUUGUCACAUUAUGCAAAAAUUAGACCCUGGAGGACUUUCAGGCUAAAUGAGUGUGUCUGUACACCAUAUAAUGCCGAUUUUGACGGUGAUGAAAUGAACUUGCAUGUACCACAAACUGAAGAAGCCCGUGCUGAAGCUAUCAAUUUGAUGGGAGUCAAAAAUAAUCUUCUAACGCCAAAAUCUGGAGAGCCUAUUAUUGCAGCUACUCAAGAUUUCAUUACAGGAUCGUAUCUAAUAUCUCACAAAGAUUCUUUCUUUUCAAGAGCUGAGUUCGUGCAGCUUUUAUCUAUGAUGUCAGACGGAAACUUGCAGUUUGAUAUACCACCACCCUCCAUUAUGAAACCUUAUUAUAUGUGGACUGGAAAACAAGUUUUCUCACUCUUGAUUAGGCCAAACAAGGAAUCGCCUGUUGUGAUCAAUCUUGAUGCUAAGAAUAAAGUUUACAUUCCUCCUAAAGACAAGAGUUUGCCUAACGAGAUGUCGAUAAAUGAUGGUUACGUUGUCAUUCGUGGCUCUAAGAUUCUGAGUGGUGUUAUGGACAAAUCUGUUCUCGGUGAUGGUAAAAAGCACUCCGUUUUCUAUACUAUUUUGAGAGAUUUUGGCCCUCAAGAAGCUGCGUUCGCAAUGAACCGGAUGGCCAAACUUUGUGCCAGAUUUCUUGGUAACAGAGGAUUCUCGAUUGGUAUCAACGAUGUCACUCCUGGUUUCGAACUGAAAAAUAAAAAGGAGAUCAUGGUUGAAGAUGCUUACGCUAAGUGUGAUGCUCUCAUUGACUUAUUCAAUAAAGGAAAACUGGAGACGCAACCGGGUUGUAACGAAGAACAAACACUGGAAGCAAAAAUUGGUGGCCUUUUGUCUAAAGUUAGAGAAGAAGUGGGAGAAGUCUGUAUCAAGGAAUUGGAUAACCUAAAUUCUUGUUUGAUUAUGGCAAACUGUGGUUCUAAAGGUUCCACGUUAAACGUCUCUCAGAUGGUGGCUGUUGUCGGUCAACAAAUUAUUUCUGGUAAUCGUGUUCCCGAUGGUUUCCAGGACCGUUCAUUGCCACAUUUCCUAAAGAACUCGAAGACUCCUCAAUCAAAGGGUUUUGUGAGAAAUUCAUUCUUUUCAGGUUUAUCUCCACCAGAGUUUUUGUUUCACGCUAUUUCUGGUCGUGAGGGUCUGGUCGAUACCGCUGUUAAGACUGCUGAAACCGGUUAUAUGUCACGUAGGUUGAUGAAGUCCCUUGAAGAUUUGUCAUGUCAAUAUGAUAAUACCAUUAGAACAUCCUCAAAUGGUAUCGUGCAGUUCACAUACGGUGGUGAUGGUUUAGAUCCUAUUGAUAUGGAGGGCAAUGCUCAGCCUGUAAACUUUUCAAGGUCUUGGGAACAUGCUAAUAAUGUCACAUUUAACCAUGUCGACAAGCCUCUGCUGCCUUACCAAAUUAUGCAGCAGACUAAUGGUGUUUUGAAGCCAUUAGAAGAAAAAUUGGUACGUUAUGACAACUUGGGCAAUGAGCUGGACCCUUCGCUUCAGGACAGAGUAGAGUACAUCGAUCAGGAUGAUGCAGAAAGAAACUUUUACAAAUCGCUGAGAGAUUACAUGUAUGAGAAGGCCUCCCAUUUGGCAAAUAUAAGGGCCCACAAGGGAUUGAAAGAGUUCUUGGAUGAGCCAGCAGCAGAGCUUCAGGCUAUGGAUCUUGACGAGGGCGCGCCUGCCUCCGCGUUGGCGUCUGUUGAUCAGCUUUGCAAAAUCAGCUCCAAACUGGUCUUGAAGUUCUUAGAAAUCGCUAUUUUCAAAUAUCAUAAAGCAAAGGUCGAACCUGGUACGGCUGUGGGUGCUGUUGGUGCACACUCUAUUGGUGAACCUGGUACUCAGAUGACAUUGAAAACAUUUCACUUUGCUGGUGUCGCAUCUAUGAACGUUACUUUAGGUGUCCCUCGUAUCAAGGAAAUUAUCAACGCUUCUAAAGUUAUCUCAACUCCUAUCAUCAAUGCUGUUCUGGUCAAUAAUAACGACGAGAGAGCGGCUAGAGUGGUGAAGGGGAGAAUCGAGAAAACGUUGCUGUCCGACGUCGCUUUUUACAUUCAAGAUGUUUACAAAGACAACAUGUCAUUCCUGCAGGUUAAGGUUGAUCUGGGAACAAUCGAAAAGCUACAGUUGGAAUUGACAGUCGAAGAUAUUGCAGUUGCUAUCACGAGAGCCGCAAAAUUAAAGAUUGCAGCCUCUGAUGUGAGCAUCAUGGGGAAGGACAAGGUCAAUAUCAACGUCUACCCUGAGAUGGCAAAGCUAAAAUCUAUAUCCACUUCUGCAAAAGAGCCAGUGGAGAAUGAGCUCUUUUACAGGAUGCAGCACCUUCGCCGGGCUCUUCCAGGCAUUGUGGUUAAAGGUUUGCCGGACAUUGCCAGAGCCGUUAUCAACAUUAAGGACGACGGUAGUAGGGAACUACUGGUCGAAGGUUACGGCCUGCGUGAAGUUAUGACUACAGAUGGUGUGAUAGGCAUGAAAACGAAGACUAACCAUAUCUUAGAGGUCUUCAGCGUCUUGGGUAUAGAGGCCGCAAGAACCAGUAUUGUUGGUGAAAUUGACUACACAAUGAGCAAUCACGGUAUGAGUGUCGACCCCCGUCACGUUCAACUGUUAGGUGACGUUAUGACCUAUAAGGGUGAGAUUUUGGGUAUCACUAGAUUUGGUUUGAGUAAGAUGAGAGAUUCCGUGCUGCAACUAGCCUCCUUCGAGAAGACCACCGACCACCUUUUCGAUGCCGCUUUCUAUAUGAAAAAGGAUGCCGUAGAAGGUGUCUCUGAGUGCAUUAUUUUGGGGCAAACAAUGUCUAUCGGAACCGGUGCUUUUAAGGUUGUUAAAGGUACCGAUAUCUCAGAAAGCGAUCUCGCUCCUAAGCCAACUUUGUUUGAAAGUCUUUGCGACAGCGUCACGGCACUUAAAGUUAACUAG